CAGCUGCUUUGGAGCCACGAGGGAAAGGAAGCUGGUAAAAGCUGCUGAUUCGCCACUGAAAGAAAAAAACCCGGACAUUUCUACGUUUGGCAAACACUGUCGGAUCGACUCUUCUUAAAAACGCCUUUAUGACGUAGCUGUUUCACGUCAGCCGCCAUGGCGCUGUAUUUGAAAGCGGCGGAGAUUCUAGAGAAAGCCGAGAAGAAACAUGGCGCCCUGAAAACUCUGGUUUACGACAGUAAAUUCACAAACGUAAAGCAGCUGCUCGCUCUGGUUUGUCAGACGCACAAGUACUCGUCAGUCCUGCAGGAGAUCAUCGAGUCCUCCAGGCUACUGAAACACACCAAGCUGAAGCUGCACCUGGCCAAAGUCCUGGUCUUCGACCUGCUCCUGGGUCCGGGACUGAAGUGUGGCGGUUCCUGGAAGACCCUGAUGAUGAAGCAUCGACCCAGACUGCAGGCUGAGCUGGUCCGAAUCAAGGUGAAGCACAAAGUGAGCAGGAAUGAAGACCUGCUCCCGAUCCAGGUUCUGCCUGACCACCACCUGCCCAGAUACGUGCGUGUCAACACCCUGAAGACCACCAUGGAGGACGCUGUGGACUACCUGAAGAGGGAUGGCUUCUGCUAUCUGGGACAGGCCCAUAACCUGGAUGACCUGACCCUGAAGGAGAAGGACUUUGUGAAGGAUUUGCACCUGCCAGAUCUGCUAGUGUUUUCUCCUAAAACUGACUUCCAUGAUCACUUCCUGUACAAGGCAGGCCACAUCAUCCUGCAGGACAAAGCCAGCUGCCUCCCCGCCUUUCUCCUGAACCCGCCACCGGGCAGCCAGGUGAUAGACGCCUGUGCUGCUCCGGGCAACAAAACCAGCCACCUGGCAGCCAUCAUGAAAAACAAAGGUCAACUAUUCGCCUUUGACUUGGACGCCAAGCGUCUAUCCACCAUGUCAACUCUCCUGCUGCGAGCUGGGGUCACCUGUCAGCAGCUGGACAACCAGGACUUCCUGAAGGUGGAUCCUGACAGCCUGCAGUAUAAAGAUGUGGAGUUUAUCUUACUAGAUCCUUCCUGCAGUGGAUCAGGCAUGGUGUGUCUUCAGGAUGGCGAGGAGGCGGAUCAGGCUCGUCUGGCCUCCUUGGCCUCUUUCCAGCUCCGGUGCCUGAACCACAGUCUCAGGUUCCCUCGUCUAAAGCGGCUGGUCUACUCCACGUGCUCCAUCCACAGCCAGGAGAACGAGGAGGUCAUAACCGCCUGUCUGCAGCAGAACCCCGACUUCAGAUUGGUUCCUCUGCUGCUCCAGUGGCCGGAGCGAGGCCUGGAUCCGCUCACUCAGUGCCUGCGUGCCAGCACCGCCACAACCAGAACGCAUGGCUUCUUCGUGGCUCUGCUGGAGAAGCACGCUAAAACGGCUAAUAAGAACAAACAGUCAGCUCUCCAGAUGAGUGACCCAGAGACACCAUGUGGUGUUUCUGCCCAUGAGGACAAACCUGCAGCAUCUCCACAUGAAGGUGAAGUCUGUAAGAUGGAAGACAAACCUGCUACAGGACAGAUGGAUGGUCUGCCAGGCAAGAAAAGGAGGAAGAGGAAAAAGAAAGCCACUGCAGUGAUGAAUUUAAAACAAGUCUGCCUUUAGGAGGCACUCAGUGGAUUUCUUAUUUAUACAAAUAAAGAUUCUCUGU